AUGGCUCCUAAACCAAGACGCUCUGUAUCUCCCAGCUCUCGGUUUUUGUUUGUCAAUGAAGAUGCGUCCAGCGUGACGAGAACCACAAAAGAUGCGGAGCUGGACAGGACAAAACAAAGCCAUGUCCAACGGCAGAAUUUCGCCCGUAAACGUCGGCUUCGAGAGCAAUCCACAACCGCCACGCGACCAAGCAGACCAGGAUCCUCGUCACAAGGACCUGCUAUUGCAGGCGCUGCUUCUAGACUCCCUCCCGCGACCCGCGAAGGACCGGCUCAUGGGAGCGACCCUUUCGACUUUAUAUACAGCGUCGACCCGAUCGAUCCGGUCUUGCAGUCCUCGAUCUUACUGCAAGAGCCGUUGUAUCCGCAUUUCUCGGCUUCACCCCCUGACAUCUUCGGCCCUGCAUCACCCUCAACAGCUACAGCCCUACAACGAGAGGAUAUCUACGAUGUGCCCUGGCCUUACAGACCAGGACAACCCUUCGAUACAACACUUCCACCCCAGAACGUCACUCCUCUGCCCAUAAUCACAAGCAAUGUGGCAAGCUCUUCGACGCCUUUCAGUGGGCCUUCCUAUCCGUUGGUUGACGGUCUUCGUUUCUUGGAAAGAUGGGCUCCGCCUUUAAUUCAAUACUACAAUACCACCAUUUUACCAGAGAAGUUCUGGAAAGAUACUAGGAAGGUUCCAAUGAGUCGUAUUCGCCAUGCGUCAUCAGUUCACGCAGAUAUGCAGGCUUGUAUGGCUGAGCCUGCACAUAUGUAUGCAUUUUUGGCAUCAUCUGCGACACAGAUGCUUGCUCGGGAGGGUCGACUGCUAUUGCCAGACGCAUCUGAAGGAGACCACCAGAGAGUCCUCACUUUCUUCAAAACGAAAGCCAUCCAGGCUUUGAUGACCACAAUGACGUCGGGGCGACUGGACCCACGAACCGCCAUCGACGUGCACAGGUUGUACGGUGCAGGAAUUCAUGCUGAUAACAACGAGAUGGCCGAACCACAUUUCCAAGCUUUGAUCUCUAUGUUGGAAGCUCUGGGAGGUCUUGACGCAUUCAGCGACUACGAAGCCGAGAAGAUGAUCUUGCUCGACUGCAAUGCUGCCCUGAAGGACCUCGAGGCCCCCCGGCUGCUUGAGACCUGGGAUCCUGGUCCUCUGACCGACGAUGUUCUUGUCGCGAUUGAAUCGCAGGAUCUUCAUGUCCUUCAAGCAGGGUCGAGAGUCAUCACGACGCUUGCCGUUUUUCACGAUGGUCGGCUGUUGUUUCAGAGCUUCUACGAUCUUACCCAGGUCGUGAAGAUGUCAGCCCACUUGGAAAGCGUGGCUCACUAUGACGCGGAGCACUACAAAUGGUUCAGUCUGCGCCUUCUAGCAAUCCAAAACAGGCUCCUUUCAUUGCCUUUACACUGCCAAAUGGACAGUCAGACCGACAGCUUGAGAAUUUCUCUGGCUCUCUGGACGGCCACGACAAGAUCACCGGCCUUGGCCCGAAGGAUAGCAUCCAAGUCCAGCCAUAAGCUCCGGGGGAGGCUGGAGAGUACUGAUCUCCAUCAUCUCUGGACCCAUGCCACAGACCUGUUGUUGUGGGUAGUAGUCUAUGGAGGCGUUUCAGCAGGCAACAAAGAUGACCUCGACUGGUUCGUCAACAUCGCUAGAGGUGCUGCAGUGCAACUCGGGCUACGCGAUUUUCUGGCGCUUGAAGACUUACUGUCAGGGUUUCUCUAUGACCCUUAUUCCCAACACGACUCCGUUGUCCAUAUCGCCGCUUUGAUGUGGCCAAUGUCGAGUUGA